AUGUAUCAUGAUACUGAAGAAGGUGAUAAAGAAUUGGUUUAUCACUCAAAAUUAGAAGAAGAAAAAUCAGUGAUAAAACGAGUGACAAGAAGUAUCGCUAAUAAGACAACAUACUAUGACACAGAAACAGUACCAGAAAAACGAAAAAAUUCCAACACAGAUACAGGUGCAAUGUUAUCAUCAUCGAGACAGGUAACACUCGACGCAUUUUUAUCGAAAAAAUCUUUUAGACCACAAGUGGAUACUAAUUUAUCGAAAUCAAAUCCAUUACCGUCGAAGGCAGUAAAUGCUGAUCAACAAACACUUUGUCCAGUUUGUGAUAAGUAUUUUGAGCAAGCAAAUAUUACUAAACAUAUUAAUGUAUGUUUACAUGAACAAGAGAAACAGUCGGAUAAUACAUCUUUAAGAUCAAGACGUCGAGUUGAAGAUAUGGAUAAAAAUAAUAGUACUACAACGAAAAAUGGAAAGUUGGUCAAUUGUAAAAAUUGUGGAACAAUAAUGACUGAAUAUAGAUUAUUGCACCAUAAAACACACUGUAUAAAAUCAAAAAAACGUCAGGGAUAA